AUGCGCGCUGAGCUUUGUCACUUCAGCGGCCUCAAGAUCCACCCCGGCCAUGGCAUGAGCCACUGCCGAGCCGACGGAAAGGUCAUCCGAAUGAUCAACAGCAAGGUCGCCUCCUUGUACCACAACAAGAAGAACCCCAGAAAGCUUCGAUGGACCAUCCUCUACCGACGAAAGAACAAGAAGGGCAUCAGCCAGGAAGCUUCUGUGAAGCGACGUGUCCGACGUAACGUCAAGGCCACCAAAGCUGUCGGAGGACUCAGCUACACUGAAAUCCUCAACAAGAAGAUGCAGAAGCCCGAGAUCCGACAGAAGCAGCGAGAAAACGCCAUCCGAGCUGCCAAGGACAAGAAGAAGGCCAACGAGGCUAACAAGAAGGCCGCUCGCUCCGCCACUCUUGCUAAGGGCAAGGCCGCCGCUCCCGUCGCCAAGCAGAUGAAGAAGGGCGGUGCCAAGGCUGGAAAGCGCUAA